UGUUAUUCCAUUCAGUUUGUACAAUGCAAUUUUCAAAUCCGAAUUAAUUAUGAGAGAUGAUACCAAAUUGAUAGAAUAUACAGGAAAUCGAAUCGAAAUAAUAGGAUAUAUUACAGCCCCAGUUUUUUAUAAAAAUAACGAAUUUAAUGUAAAAUUUUUUAUAGCUAAAGGAUAUGGCCGUCCAAUAAUUGGAAAAACCUCAAUAGAAGACUUGGAUAUUGCGAGAAUGGUAGCGGAAAUGAGUGACACCAAGAGGUAUAUGCUUGAUUUUCAUGAUGUUUUUGAUGGAAUUGGGUGUUUACCAGGUCAAUAUAGAAUUAAGGUAGAUGAAACUGUUAAACCUUGCAUCCAUGCAGCUAGACGCUUUCCCCAAGGGAUUUUGGAAAACUAGGACAAUUUUACCUGUUAAAAAUGAAUUGUUAUAUCAUAGAAAUAUAAAUUUUAAGCGACAGAGAAAUCUCUUAGUGAAAAGACAAAACAAACAGAAGACAUAUCACGACAGGAUGUCAAAAACUUUAAGAAUUUUAAAUAAAAAUGAAAAAAUAUAUAUAAAAAUGAAUAAUAUUUGGGUAAAAGGAAUUGUAAUUAGGAGAAUUAAUUUAAGAUCUUAUUUAGUUAAAAUAGCAAGUACCAAUUCUAUAAUUAGGAGAAACAGAUAUCAUAUAAAACCAUACUUUGUGAACAGUUAUAGAUAUAGAUCUGACAUUGAUAUUGA